AUGUCUAGCAUUAUCGACUCGGCAGAGUGUCUAGCAUUAUCGACUCGGCAGAUAUACACUGGUGAAAGAAAUGGGGAUGAUGUGGACGGAUGGUCUUCAUGGGGUAGCAAACAGCACAAGACAGAUUGCUGUGAAUGGGAGGGAGUCUUCUGCAACAACCAAACUGGCCAUGUCAUCAAGCUCCAUUUGCCUGGUGAUUUUCCAGAGUUCCGCUUGAAAGGUGAGAUCGAUGCAUCAUUGGCGGAGUUACAAUAUUUGACGUAUCUGAACCUUAGUUCCAAUUAUUUUGAAGAUAGCUCCAUCCCCAAAUUCCUUGCCUCUCUACGGCACUUGAGAUACCUUGAUCUCCACGACUGCGGUUUAAGUGGAGGAAAUAUUCUGACUCAACUUGGGCUUUUUUCACAUUUACAAUAUCUUGACCUCUCGUGGAAUUUCGUUGGAGGAGCAAUUCUUUUUCAGCUCAGAAAUCUCUCGCAAUGGAGGCAUCUUGAUCUCUCAGUCAAUAUUCUUAAAGGAGAGAUACCUUGUCAACUUGAAAAUCUCUCACAAUUGAGGCACCUUGAUCUCUCGUGGAAUUUAAAUCUUACAGGAGCAAUACCACAUCAACUUGGAAAUCUCGUGCAGCCGCAGCAUGUUGAUCUUUCGAGAAAUAAUCUUAGAGGAGCAAUACCUUAUCAACUUGGAAAUCUCUCACGAUUGCAGUAUCUUGAUCUCUCAGAUAAUACACUUAGCGGAACAAUGCCUCAUCAACUUGGGAACCUCACGAACUUGCAAAAUCUUCUUCUACGUGACACAGGCACUCUCAAGAUUGAUCAAGAAAAUAGUGCUAGACAUGAGUGGCUGUCUAGUCUCACAUCUUUGACUCGUCUAGAGCUGCAAAAUGUAACUGGUCUCACAUAUUCUCACAACUGGUUGCAAAUGAUUGCAAAGCUGCCCAACUUGAAAGAGCUAACUAUAACAUACCAUAAUCUUUCAGAUGAGUGUAUCCUCUCCUUACCCUCUUUAAAAUUCAAUUCCUCUUCUUCUCUUUCUAAAUUGGAUUUCAUGGGGAAUAAUUUCAAGUCAUCUGCAGUAUUCCAUUGGAUCUUAAACAUCAGCCCCAACCUUGUUGAUCUUAGUCUUCAGUCGAACCAGCUAGAGGGUCCCAUCCCUUUUGAAUUUGCUAGCCUGAUGAAUUCUCUUGAGAAUCUAGACCUUGGGUCUAAUCAACUUAAGGGUGGAUUUAAAUUCCUAGGGCAUAUAUGUACCUUGCAUUCUUUGUCCCUAUGGUUUAAUCUUUUGAGUGAAGAACUUUCAACAAUUCUUGAAACUUUUUCUAGUUGUGCCCGGUGUUCUUUGCAAUACUUGGACUUGAGCUAUAAUAACAUAACUGGCACACUGCUUCCUGAUUGUUGGAGUCCUUUCAAAUCAUUAUGGUUUUCAGACUUGAGUAAUAACAAGUUCUCUAGAGAAUUUCCCAUUUCUGUGGGUUCUCUACAAGUUCUUCAAGUAUUGAUAUUGCAAAACAAUGGGUUUACUGGAGAGUUGUUUGUUACUUUGAGGAGUAGCUUAAGUUUAGCACUUCUUGAUGCAGGGAAUAACAAGUUCUUCUGA